CUACGACGACUUCGAACCAGAGUGGUGCACAUCCAUCCUGGGGAGGGACUGGGAGACGUUGCGUACCGAGCGUUCAAUGAACUCGACCAAACGCUAUUCAUGGGAUACCUCAAGGAUGCCGUCUAUCUCGAUAUCGGAUCUCUGGGAACUGAUGCCUCAGGGGCUACGUAUUCGCACGGGCGAGGACCAAACCACCGCGUCCAACGCAUAACCCUCCUCCUGAACGCAGACGUCCACGAGCACGCAACACCACUGCAAUGGCUCGCAUCACUCAUCCACCACAUGAUCCACGUCUACUUUCUCGUGGCCUGCGGUCCCGAGCAAGAAAAGGAGCACGACUACGGCCGUCUAACCCACGGUGUGCAAUUCGCGAAAGUCAUGCAAGCCAUCAAGAAACUUACAUCAACCCGCGGGGGACGAACUCUACCCCUGGGCUUUGGGCACAACCUCAUGCCACCCGCAUACUACAACGAGUACUACCGCCUCCCAGCCCGACACCAGCAAUCGAACAAGUACUGCAGCAACUGCCUCCCAGACGUGGACCCAAUCUCCGACCGCGACAUCGAGAAAUACUACACGAAAGCCUGCAAGCCGCUCCACGACCUCCCCGAAUGUGCCCGCAAAUCCACCGUCUCAAUCUACACCAACAAACCCAUCCCCACCACCCCAGACGGCAUCGAAACCGUCCCUCGCGGCGAAGCCACCCCCUCCAUCGACUCCAUGGAAUUCAUCUUCCAAAAGCGCGAGUCCGUCCUCGUCCCCACCACCCUCAUCGACGCCUUCUUCACCAUCCGCAAAGCCUUCCCAGCCCGCCACCUAGAACUCGACAAGAAAAUCCCGCGCUCCGCCUUCAUCUCCCUCCUGCAAUUCCUCCACACAGGCACCUACGCCCCGGACCCGACCCCCGUAUCCUCGACCCCCAAAUCCGGGCCCCCCAUCAUAAAACCCUACCACUCCCACUCCCCCCCUCACAUCCUCACCGACGUCCGCAUGUUCAACCUCGGCGUCGAAGCCGGCUUCAAAGACUGCCAAGCCAUCGCGCUGGACCGCCUGAACGCACAGUACAUGACGCGCGAAGACCCGAUCCAGUUCCUCGCCGCCAUCUACAGCGGGAAGGACCCGCAUCCGGACAUCAGGACCUGGGCGCGCAGGUUCCUCGUGCAGUCGCCCUCUUCGUCUUCCCAUCCCCCGCUAUCUUGGGGGGCGAUGAGCGGUGGUGUAGGCGACGAAGCGUCAGAGCCGCCGAACCUCGUGAAGUUGGAGACGGGGAUGGACCUCCGCGAGCGGUUCUUCGAGCUCGUGGGGCGGAGUGCCGCGUUGGAGAUCGACGUGUUGAAAGCAAGGGCGUGGCUU